GGAAGUUGUCACGUGUAGUAAACAAGACAAGCUCGAGCCCCCGGGUUGAAGUGCAGCACUUCAUUCAACAAUACAAAACGGUUUUGCCCAAAAUAUAUCUGAAGAUGAAAGUAGUCGCUUUAAUAAGUGGGGGAAAAGACAGCUGCUACAACAUGAUGCAGUGUGUGGCUGCUGGGCAUCAUAUUGUAGCUCUAGCCAACCUACGCCCAGCACACAAAGAUGAGCUGGACAGUUACAUGUACCAAACAGUGGGCCACCAGGCCAUCGAACUGUACGCUGAAGCCAUGGACUUGCCACUUUACCGACGCACCAUCCAGGGCAUCAGCUUGGACAUCAGCAGAGACUACCAGGAGACGGAAGGGGACGAGGUGGAGGAUCUUUAUCAGCUGCUACGUCUUGUCAAGGAAAAGGAGGGUGUCGAAGCAGUGUCUGCAGGGGCCAUUCUCUCUGAUUACCAGAGGGUCCGUGUUGAAAAUGUGUGUUUGCGUCUUGGUUUGCAACCUCUGGCCUACCUGUGGCACCGAGACCAAGAGUCACUGCUCUCGGAGAUGAUCUCAUCUGACGUCCACGCCAUACUCAUCAAAGUCGCCGCCUUCGGCCUAGAUCCUGACAAGCACCUGGGAAAAUCUCUGGCUGACAUGGCGCCCUACCUGAAACAGCUCUCUAAAAAGUAUGGCGUCCAUAUAUGCGGAGAAGGUGGAGAAUAUGAAACAUUUACCCUCGAUUGCCCCCUCUUCAAAAAGAGGAUUGUCAUAGAUUCGUCUGAGACAGUGAUUCACUCCCCGGACCCGUUCUCUCCGGUCGGCUACCUGCGCUUCACCGCCAUGCACACGGAAAGCAAAGCCAGCGAUGCAGUGGCGCGAGCUGUGGUCCACGCUCGUUGUCCUUGCCAGAGUGCCAUUGACAAGAUGACGGAGGAGGCGGAAUAUGCUGAUGGAGCCGGAGACGACCACCAUCACCAGCGACAAUUUACAUCAGACGCUGACCUUAGUUGUCAGCGAGGCUUCGCGCUCCCUGCACCUGCGCCUCUAUCCUGCUCUUCCAUGACUUUUCGAGGUUAUCAGUGGAUUUCUGGCAUCAAUGGGCUGCAAAGCCAAGACCCCGGGAUCCAGGGCCAGACUGAAGCAGCCUUUGUACUCUUGCAAAGUGAACUAGAUACGAGAGGCUGGAGCAUGAAGGACAUUGUCCUUGUUCACCUGUAUGUGAGCAGCAUGGAAGAUUUUGGUCCACUGAAUGCCGUGUAUAAGAACUACUUUGACACAAACCCUCCUGCCAGGGUGUGUGUCCAGGCCUCGUUGCCCGCUGGCCUACUGCUGCAGAUGGACACUCUCCUCCAUAAGUGGACCGAGCCAGCCAGAGAGGAUUGCUUUUAUCGGCGAGAAGCUCUGCACGUACAGUCUCUAUCACACUGGGCCCCAGCCAACAUAGGCCCCUACAGCCAAGCCCUGAGGGUAGAUGAUACAGUCUUCUGUGCAGGCCAAAUCGCACUGGUUCCCUGUACCUUGCAGCUAGUGAAGGCAGGCACCCAUGUGCAGGUCAGCUUGCUGCUAAGCCACGUCCAGAAGGUUCUGGAAGCCACCAUUAGCACCUUGUCUCUAGCCCAUGUGGUUCAGGCCCACUGUUACGUCACCAGACGACAAGACAUCGCCGUCAUUCAAGCCAUAUGGGAACGUGUGUUGGAGGUUAUGGAGAAAGAUCAGGAGCUGCUUAUUGUGCCUGACAGCAGAGCCCCUCCAUUAUUAGUGGUGGUAGUCGUACCUGCAUUACCUAAAGGUGCUGCCGUGGAACUCCAUGUUACAGCCAUCCAGGAUGACCUCUGCAAAAGGACUUCCUGUCAUGUGACCACAACAUUGCGGCACUGCCACAUAGAUUGCCACGUUCUAACAUCCGCAGACCGAAGUGGCGCCUCGCUGUCCCUACGCCUGACCCUGACCGACCCUGCGGUCAGUGAGGAUGUAAGUGAGGUCACCGAUGCAAUCUGCUCAGCGUUUCAAAAAGCCCUGAAGAGGACAGAGGCUGAGCUGGUGCCGCUGUGUGUCCGAAUCUUCUACAAGUGCCACCACAUGCUGGCGAAGCAAGUCACUGAAGGAAUCGAAGAUGCUUUGAAAAAACUCCUCGGGGACUCCAGUCCGUCGGUGGCCCUGGUUCCAGUCCUGGACUUGCCUGAUUCCAACGUCCUCAACCUGUCGUGCUGGCUCAGCUCAUAGAACCAGAACCAGCCCCAUUUGUGCUAAAUACCUGACACGAACUAUCAAAACAUCAAGUUUCUAAGAGGAUGGUUAUACGUUGGGUGAUGGAUCUAUGCCAAUAUGCCAUUGGAAUUAGGUCCAUAAAUUAUUUCUACUGUGUCAGUGACUGAAUUUUGCGAUUUUUAUAUCUUUGAAUUUGGGGAUCCAAAUUUGUAAGUUGGAGCGCUCACUAUUAUACACCACGCAGUAGUAAAGUCAUAAUUGCAGUACUGGUACAACAAAUCUGAGCCAUAAUUACAUAGCAAGCAAAUUACAAACAUGCGUAAUUACAGUUGUGGAUACUCUUGGGUUGAAUGAUGGCAUCUUUUUACGUCACUGCGCAAAGUAGUUAAUGUAUGUGCCAUUUGCACCUUCAAAGCAUCAUAUCGAACUUAUGGUUAUGGGUUUUGAAGCCCUAUUAACUCAUUUGCUCCAAAAACGUAUAAAUAUGUUCUAUUUUUAAUUGUUUCAGUGUCCCAAAGACCUAUGUAUCAGUCUUUUAUGUAUUUUUUUUUCUUUUUUCACAAGAGACAUCUCUAGGUUCUGAUGCAACUUAGCUCCAAAGCACAAUGCUGAAAAUCCAUUUUAAAGCAAUAAAACUGGCCACUGGAGGGCAGUAGCGCAUUUAGUAAGACCCGCAACCUGGUUCAACGGAACGAACGGCUGGGCCGCACAGCCGGGCCGCCGGCGGAAGACGACUGAACGGACGUCCGGGAUGUCAGGUGGGGGACGACCGAGCAGAACAACUGGGAGGAUGCUCAGGAUGCCAGGCGCUGGACGACCGAGCAGAACGACCGGGACCACCAGUGCAGCGGACGAUGCCGUUGAGUCCGUGGUGCUCGCCGAGCAGAUCCCGUGCCGCUGUGCUCGGCCGCUCGCGUCCCCCGCACCCUCCAGUGUCUCACGACUCAGUCGGAAAUGCGCACGGCCAACUCCGCCAUGAGGCAGCGGUCACCACAAAAGAAAGACUCAUAAAAAUCCAUCUUGAUGAGACAGGCGGCGAUGAUGGAAAAGUUUACCCCGGCUGUCGCGGCCACAACAGCGUCAUCUAUCAGUUCAAUAGUUUAGUUAUGUGUAAAUAAAUUGUUACUUUGCUAUCAAAAGCUCUAUUUGUCUUGUUGUUAUUUUGUAGAAGGAAAACAUUAUUCAGAUGUUUGGGAUGUCACAAAAGCAUAAAUAGCUGUGUUAUGUUUGAAAUGUAUGCUCUCACAUGCUGUUUUUUCAUCAGAAAAUGGAAAAUUGCUCAAAUUAAGCUAUUUUCUAACGCUGAUUUCUAAAGAAUGGAAAAAGAUAUUAACUUUCCUGCUGAAAGAAGAGAGUCUAAUCUUUCUUUUUGGUGGGUUCCAUCUUUAUAUAGCAAUAGAACAGAAUUUUCUGUGGGCCUUGCAAAAUCAGUCAAAAUCCAGUAAAGUGAAUGAGUGAGUUAACGAAGGAGGGUAGUAAAGCAUUGUAUUUUAUCCGACCAAUACAAAAAAAUGUAACAGUGUUGGGAGUAACGCCGUUAUAAAUAACGCCGUUACGUAAAGUGAGAGUUUGAGAUCACGGCUUGAUUCAAAUUGGUUUUGGUCAAAUGACUCAUUAUGCAAUGAGGAAGAUUACCUGGUGGUGUUGGGCUUUGUCUCAGAGAAGUAGAAAAACUAUUUCUUUUUUAAAAUGUUUUUAUUGAUACAUGAUACACAAUGCUUUGUUGCAAAACUUUUUGCGAAACAUCACUGUUUUGACAAAGGCUCCACCAACGCAAUGUCUAACAAUAGGUUUACUAUGCAUCAUACCCAGGGGUGAAAGUGGGCGGGAACGGUCAGGAACGCAGUUCCGGUAUAAGAUUCAGGGCCGGAACGCAGUUCCGGUAUACGUUGCUUUGAUUCCAAAAAUAUGACGGCAACUGUCAAAACGCAAUGUGAAAAAAAUAAUAGAAUACAAAGCUGCCACACAUGCAUUUCAUCUCCAAGAAGAAAACAAUCUACCGACAUCAGAUUUACGUACACAAGUGUUAACAACAAGCAAAAUAUAGUGCUUGUGUAGCGUAAUCCGUUUCCACCGAUAUUUAUUAUUUAUUUUAUUCCACGGACGGCAUGGAGGUUUCCCCAGCUGUUGCAGUUAUCUGAGUCUGACGAUGAUGAGUCACGUCAAUGAAAAAAAUUAAUGAAUCAAUGAAAAAUGGAAUGAAUCAAUGAAAAAAAGGGCAAUGCAACAGAAAAUGGAUCAAAUUUUUAAGAGCAAGGAAAGAGUUAAGGUGCGUUAUUUAUCAUAUUUGGUUUUAUUUGCUCUUGAUGGGGAGGUUCAGAAGCUCUUAGCAGUCAAUGUGCACUUUGGACUUAGAUUGUUCAUUUAUGUUAGACUACUUAUUCAUUUCCUUAUGAUUUAAAAAAGUCAAUGUUUGCACGAUCUUCAAAAUAUAUUCCAUUUCGCUCUGCAUAAUAUAGGUCAUUUGUACUUAUUUUUCUGAACAUAUGUUAUAUAUCUUACUUUAAACAUUUUUUUUUUUUAAACACACAAAGUAAAUUUUUACAUUACCUUAAAUUUGAAUAUACAUCCUAUGUUCUUAAGUACUUAAAAUUUAGAUUUGGCAUUUAGUAUGUGAGGAAAUGAGGGAAAAUAGAAAUUAGAAGAUGGAGG